AUUUGUUGAAAAAAUUGUCUCCAGUUUUGUGAGUUCAAAGUUGAGGGUGUCAUAUAUAUCGUUUUCAACAAAUGCAAAUAUUGACAUGGGCUUGACAGAUAACAGGACAUUGAUAGUAAACAGUCUAGAAAUUCUCCGAAAAGUCCAAACAGGUGGGGAUACCUACAUGGAUCUAGGUCUUGAAAAGGCAAACAAUCAAAUUCAUAGACUUGGAGAGAAAACAGCCGGAGUGAUCAUAGCGCUGACUGAUGGACAGAUUGGAAACAGGAAGAAAGAAACGUUUACUGAGGCAAGAAUAUCUCGUAUUUUGGGCGCCUCUGUGUAUGCAGUUGGAGUAGACAAAUAUGAUAUCCAGGAGUUGAGAAAUAUCGCUGACAAGCCAUCCGAAGAUCAUGUGUUUGUUGCUCGCAAUUACGAUGCUCUGAAUAAUAUAAUUGAUUCUAUCAUCAAGAAAUCAUGUAUUGAAGUUCUCUCAACAAAGCCCACAAAAACAUGCGCUGGAGAAAGUUUCUCGGUCACACUUCAUGGAAAUGGAUUUACGAAAACGGACAAUAUCUCCCAAGUUCGUUGUAAUUUUAAACUUGGUGAAAAAGAUCAAAUCACCAGAGCAACGUUUGUCAGUGAAACUGUUUUGAAAUGUGUCUGCCCUCCAAUUCCUAAUCCCGGAAGUAAAGUAAACAUUCAAGUGUCGGUCAACGGUAUAAAAUACGUUUCCAGUGAUAUCAGCAUUGAAGCAGUUGAUUGUCGACCUCGUAUUGCGAUGAAGAACGAGAGCACGGUGUGUGUCGGAAAAUCACAAACAAUAACAGUCUCAGGAAAUCGUCUCCUUCGCUAUUCAAAUAAGUCCAAGUCGAACGUGGCUUGUCGCGUCAAGUACAACGAUACGUUUGCUGUUCCGGCAGAGGUUAUUUCUCUCACUUCUUCUACAUUAAAAUGCAAGAUACCAGCGCUUCAAGAGACUGGCAGAACUUUCAUGUUCCAAGUAACGACGUCGAACUAUGACACUGUGCUAAGAAGCUUGAAAUUCACAACAGUAUCCUGCACUCCGGUCGAGAAGAAAACAAAUGUCGGUCUUAUUAUCGGAAUUUUAUUCGUUCUCUUUCUUCUUGCGGCCAUUCUCUUUUGGUGGUUCUGGCUGAUGCUGUUUCCAAAGGAGCCGAAGGAGGAGCCAGCUUCACCGACAUCAAGUACAGGACCGCCGAAGAAGAAAUGGCCGUCGGUAGACACGUCCUACUAUGGAGGGGGAGGGAUAGGAGGAAUAACACCAGUGAAGGUGAAAUGGGGAGACAAAGGAGCGACUGAUGCUGGAGCUUUGCUCGCAGCUGCUGAGUUAAAGAAAAAGAAAGACACAGCAAGCCCAAGUCACGAUGAACCGAAACCAUCUUGUUGGGACAAUGCUAAGGAGCGAUUCCUAGCGUUCCUGACGCUCUUCCCGAAGGCAUAUUCCUGGAUUGCAUCCAAGAGGCCACAGCGUUCUGCGAGCGGAGGAACUAGGGAACCUGAGUACGAACAAGUCCGUCGUGUUUAGGCCUGGGAAAAAGUGCGUGGCCAUAACUUUGAGGAGAAAUGUCGAGGAAUCCGGCUGAUGUUGGCUGCAUCAUGAAUCAUUUAGUUGAAUCUCUGGCUGUGCGCCUGGUGACGGUGAUUACAAACUGUAGAUAUUAUAUAUAAGUUUUGAUUUAGGUCUAGUCUGUUUUAUGAAAUAUUGCUUACUGUGUUACCUUUGAAUAAUUUGUACCUAGUACUAAAGAAUCUUCGAUAUUUAAUAGGCUAAUAUGAUAAAAUGAUUUCAUUUCUACAGAGUCUGAGAUACCGUGAACAAGCAGAAUCAUUUGUAAAAACUUUGAUCUUUUUUUCACAUUUAUACUAAAUAGUAAUCAAUUCAGUCUAAUCAACAUCCUUGAUUU